ACAUCUACACCCCAACCUCACAAUUCUAUCGUCCACAUAUUUGCUCGUCAACCUACAUUAAUUAGCGGCGAUACACACUACUCGCAGUGGAAAAUGAUUCGCGGAGCAUUGCUCGAACUUCCUCUCGAGCAAUUCGUCUCCUCAUCGACCACGACAGACCCGAAUGUGUUGUCGAGCUCCUUCACUCACAGUCCUUUCACACAUCCUAAAUCCAACAAGCGUCCUCACUCUCCUAGCGUACACAAUCCCUUGAGCCCUGCUAAGCGACGGAUCCUUGUCCAAGAGGGCAUCUUAUCGCCUUCCAAGCCGCGUCUGGGUUCGACGACGGCAUCUGUUGCUCGACAUCGAUUCGCGGCUGAGUACUUCCAAAGUCUUGUUCAGAGCCCUGAAAGCCCCGCCGUGAAACUAGAUUUCGGCUUCGAAUCCAAAGCGGAGGAAGGCCCAUCGUCGAGAGUAGCGAACCCCGUUAUCACAGCACCUCAAGCGCUCCGUAAUGAAGCAAUUCAAGCGAAGAGAACGCGAACAUCACCACGCCUCGCUCAGCGCGCAUCCCAGACGAACUCGACGCCAAAGCCGCUCUCGCGGUCAGACCUCUCGCGGACGAAGUCGAGGGCCCAUGUCGCCUCUCCUUCGCCCCGUGUGAAGACUGCACUGCCGACCAUGGUCCCCCGUGAGAUGCCGCCCGUGCCCGAUCGCUACUCCGUUCACUAUCCUGGGUUCGACAUCUUCCAGGACACGCAUGUCUUGCUCCCUGGCGCUUUUCGAGUGCCCGAUGCGGAGCGAUCACCCAUGAAAGAUCAGGAGAGGGAGAGGGAUGUGGAGAAAGAGAACUUGCCCCCGCGCAGGAGGGUCCGCAAAGGCGUGCUCGCCGACGUCAUCGCGGUGGAGGCGAAGAAGAAAGCUGGGGUUGCACCGAUUAUCGGGACCCCGCAGGGGAAGACUGUCGAUGAACGAGGGGCAGGAGCAGAGUCGCCUACUCCCCGACGGUCAGCAAGGUUGUGCGCGCCCGCCAAAGGGGCAGCGUCGCUUGAGCUGAACCGGAGACGAAAACUGAUGGGUAAGGCCAACCAGAUAGACAGCGAUGGCGAUAUCGUCAUGCAUUAAUAGGCGUGCCUCUCGGUUCUCGGAUUUCAGCACCAGUCAGCCCACUGUCAGUCCCCAAUCUUUUUUCGAUAUCAUACAGGUCGUUCAUUUCAUCUCCAUGUCACCCAUAUUUACUAUGAUUCCCGUCGCACUUUAUAUAUCCCCUUGAUCUAGAGACACAUGUACUCGCAUGUACUUCUCAUGAGCUGAUUUUUUUUAAGUCUGUAUUUAAGUCUAAUUGCGGCGUGCCGCAUGCCUAG